CUAUGUAAACAACCAACUUUCUCCCCACCUUUCUCUUCAUAAGAAACUUGUGUCCCAAGUUUAUGAUGGCUGCCAUUCUCAGGCAAUCUUCAAGCCUCCUCUCCAGAUCUCGACUCCUGUUACGUAGACGCGUCUCGGCUUCUCGGUUUUUCAACACUGAUGGUGUUAUGGAAGACACAGUUGCACACAGUCGUAUCGUUGAGACGGCUGACAAUAUACAUGUAUCCGUCGACAUGCCUGGAUGUGCAAAGAAGGGAGUGAAAGCAUCUCUAUCAGUUGAACAACUUGAGCGCAAGUCUCUGUGCAUCAAAGGCCGUCGAGAGGACAAAGAGAUUGACACUACAAACCAAAACUACAGCUGCAACAUUGAUUUACCAGAUAACAUCAACACCAGUAACAUCAAAGCUGAGCUGGUAAAUGGGUUGUUAAGGGUGAAGGGGGUGCUCACCUAAUAGGUGAGUCCCCUCUCUUACGCCAAACCAAUCCCCGUGUGCCACGUCAAGUCCC